GGUGUUUUGAAGAAACAAGAUAUAGACUCGAAUCAUGGAAGGAUUUCGAGCACAAUUGUAUCAGUUAAAAAUCCUGGUUCUACUAAGCAGACAAUUCAAGAGAGGUGUCAAACAAGAGUGAUAGAAGCUGAGCAUAAUUUGGCUUGUGCCCGGUCAAAAGAUGGUGCAAAUCAUACCACUACAAAGUCUCCCACAGGCAGG